GCCUGGGCGAGAAGGGUGAGGGCGAUGAUGUCAAGGCGUGUGCCAACUUCAUUGAGCGUGUCAACGCAGCGGUGCUGGAAGCCUUGCCGGCAGAGCAGCUCGUUAAGCUGGCAGAGGCCUGUGCCAAGUCCAAAGCGGUCGCAGAGACCAUUUUGCCCACAGUGGCAAAGGCAUGUGCAGGGGCCGUUCCUAGCUGGUCCAUGGACGACGUCUCGAAGCUUCUCUUCGCUCUAGCAAAGGUCAAAACCGGUGGGGACCUGCCGGAGAUUUCUGAGCUCUACGGCCGGGCGGCGGAG